GGUGACAGAGGUCCCCGAAGGCUUGGCAGGCCCAGCUACGGCUCCAUCUCCAGCCCGCCUAGCCCAGGGUCCCAGCAAGUGCCUUCCAGAAAGACGUACCUGAGUGAGAAGAUCUCCAUCCCAGAUGCAGAAGUGGGCAGGUUCAGCCUGCGGAAGCUGUGGGCCUUCACGGGGCCUGGCUUUCUCAUGAGCAUCGCUUUCCUGGAUCCAGGAAACAUCGAGUCAGACCUACAAACGGGUGCCACGGCUGGAUUCAAAUUGCUCUGGGUGCUGCUGUGGGCCACGGUGCUGGGCUUGCUCUGCCAGAGGCUGGCAGCUCGGCUGGGCGUGGUGACAGGCAAGGACUUGGGUGAAAUCUGUCAUCUCUACUACCCAAAGGUGCCUCGCAUCCUCCUGUGGCUGACCAUCGAGCUAGCCAUUGUGGGCUCGGACAUGCAGGAGGUCAUCGGGACCGCUAUUGCAUUCAAUCUGCUCUCAGCUAGACGAAUCCCACUCUGGGGUGGCGUCCUCAUCACCAUCGUGGACACCUUCUUCUUCCUCUUCCUCGAUAAUUAUGGGUUGCGGAAGCUGGAAGCCUUUUUUGGAUUCCUCAUUACCAUCAUGGCCUUGACCUUCGGCUAUGAGUAUGUGGUGGCGCGUCCCGCGCAGGGAGCACUUCUUCGAGGCCUGUUCCUGCCCUCGUGUCAGGGCUGCGGCCAGGCCGAGCUGCUGCAGGCCGUGGGCGUCGUGGGUGCCAUCAUCAUGCCCCACAACAUCUACCUGCACUCCGCCCUGGUUAAGUCUCGAGAGAUUGACAGGGCCCGCUGGGCAGACAUCCGAGAAGCCAACAUGUACUUCCUGAUUGAGGCCACCAUUGCAUUGUCUGUCUCCUUCUUCAUCAACCUCUUUGUUGUGGCCGUCUUUGGGCAGGCCUUCUACCACCAAACCAACCAGGCUGCGUUCAACAUCUGUGCCAACAGCAGCCUCCACGACUACGCCGAGAUCUUCCCCCAGAACAACCUCACCGUGGCGGUGGACAUUUACCAAGGGGGAGUGAUCCUGGGCUGUCUGUUCGGCCCCGCAGCCCUGUACAUCUGGGCGGUGGGUCUGCUGGCGGCCGGGCAGAGCUCCACCAUGACCGGCACCUACGCGGGACAGUUCGUGAUGGAGGGCUUCCUAAGGCUGCGGUGGUCCCGCUUUGCCCGCGUCCUCCUCACCCGCUCCUGCGCCAUCCUACCCACCGUGCUGGUGGCCGUCUUCAGGGACCUGAGGGACCUGUCAGGCCUCAACGACCUGCUCAACGUGCUGCAAAGUCUGCUGCUUCCCUUCGCCGUGCUGCCCAUCCUCACAUUCACCAGCAUGCCUGCCCUCAUGCAGGAGUUUGCCAAUGGCCUACUGAGCAAGGUCGUCACUUCCUCCAUUAUGGCGCUCAUCUGUGCCAUCAACCUCUACUUUGUGAUCAGCUACCUGCCGGGACUCCCCCACUAUGCCUACUUUGGUCUAGUAGCUCUGCUGGCUAUAGCUUACCUGGGCCUUACCAUCUACCUGGUCUGGGCCUGCUGCAUCGCUCAUGGAGCCACCUUCCUGCUUUCCAGCUCCCACCAACACUUCCUCUACGGGCUCUCUGAAGAGGAGCAGGAGACGGGAGGGACAGCUGGAUGA